AACAAAUUGUUAUCGACUACAAAAUAUUUAUUCUUGUUAUUACUUGUCCCAUUACUUUAAAUGUAUUUUAAUGAAAUUCGUUUAGUAUUUAAAAGAAAUUGUUUUUGCAUAGCGAUAAAAAACGUAAAAUAACAAGAACAACAACAACAAAAACUUCAAAUACAUCAAUAUAAUAAUAACAAUUUAUAUUUCGUUGUAAUUUUGUGAGAUUUGAAAAUUAUAUUAUGAUCACUUGGAUUUUGUCUUGUCAACACUGGGUCGGGCAAGACCAAUUGUUUAACGAAAUCCUCAACUUCCCCAGCUUCGUAGGGGGAAAGCCGAAAUUUUCAAAAGUGUUCACCAAUCACAAUAAAAAUGUGAAACCACCUGAACUAAAUGAAGACUGUUUUUAUAAAUAACUGAUGACGAGAAAUCAGUACAAAACGAACGAACUUUACAAAUGAACUUAACGAACAGUACAUUUUAUUAAACGAACACUCAACGAUUACAACGACUUUUUUUUGAACGAAACGAUAAAUAAUAUUUUGAAAGUUAUAACAACUUUCUGGUUUUCUUUGCUCACAAUUGUGCCAUACAAAUUACCUUGGGUACUUCAAUUGUUCUAAAAAAAACCAAAUCUUUUCUAAGAAAAGCUUUUUAUUGUAAAUAUAUAAAAUUAAUUAUUUUUUAAAGCAACAAAAAACCAAACAAAAAACUUAAGACAUAUUUAAUUUAUUUAAUAAAAACAAAAGACGCUCAAUUUACUCAUUUUCGCUUUAAUUUAAAAUCCUAUAACUAGUCAAGCCUAUUGAUAUUAUCCGCCCCAUAUUUAUUUAUUUUGUUUGUUUUUAUAUUAUAAUAACUUAAUUUAGUUUUUAGGUAAUAUUAUAUAAGCAAAAACAAUUAUAUAUUUAUUUUCCUUAAAAACUUGUUAUUUAUUAAUUAAGCUAUAUGAAAAACUUAAAUGUAAAACCGUACCAAGCGUACCAUCCCUACAAUAGGCCCAACAAUAACAAUCAACAGCAGCCGCAGCAUCAGCAUCAGCAACAACAACAAACACAUCAUAAUCAAUACCCACAACAACAUCAACAUCUCCAACAAAUACCCAACUAUCAUUCAUAUAACAGUAAUCAGUCUGCCAGAUACUCUUUUCAUUCUCCAUCCACAACUCCUACAUCUCUAACAGCAGCAUCGUCGGCAGCAGCAACAACAUCACCAGUUUCAGUUUCAAAUCACAGCUUAGAACCACCUACGCUUGGCGGUUAUUUAGCUAAUCAACAUCAUUUGCAACAACAACAACUGCAACAAGAACAGCAGCAACAUUUGUUAAGGCUACAACAAAGCUAUACUCAACACCAACAACAGGCGGCAGCACAGCAACCCUCAAGCAUGUUGAGUCUAAAUCACAAUAACAACAAUGCCUACGGCUAUAAUUUCCCUUUCAAUACACUGGGCGGUGGUAGCAACAACAACAACAACAAUAAUCCACUAAAUUUUAAUGCUCAACCAACAGCAGCUAAGACGCAACAAAACAACAAUAACCAUGCUCUCUCUCGUCCCCAACGACCGAACUCUCUUAACCUCAACAGCAGCCUGACUUCUUUGGCCACACCAAUUUCCGGUUCCGCCUACACAAAAUCGGCAGCAGCAGCAGCAACAGCCAAUGCCAUAAUCCCCGGCCCCUUGUCUGCCCCACCAUCGGCAUCAGCAGCCUCUACAGCAACAAGUGCUACUGGCCAUGGAAUUGGAUUUCCAUUUCCCUCUCAAACAUUUUACAAUCAAAGAGAGCAUUUCUUCAAUGCAAAUGCUCAAAAUUAUUACAAUAACAUCCAACAGCAGCAGCAACAACAACACCACCACCAGCAGCAGCAACAACAAUCACAGCAUCCUUAUAACCAUCAUCAGCAACAACAAUUGCAACAAUUUCAGUUAUUGCAACAACAAUUGAAACACCAACAACAGUUGCAACUAAACAAUCAAAUGGCCGCAAUUUCGAAAUCUUCAUCAGCCAAUAAUGUUGCAACUACUGCUGCUGCAACUUCAUCAGCCGGUGGUGGCAACAAAAAUUUGGCAAAUACGUCUGCUGCUACCACAAUUAGUGAUGGUGCUCCUCCAACUCCUGCUACAAAUCAAUCGAAUAACAAUCUAAUAAAUCAAACGAAUAAUAAUUCCAAUACCGUUAAUAACAAUAGCAGUAAUAAUGAUAAUAAUAAUAACAACAACAAUAAUAAUAACAAUUGUGAUCGUCUUGCCAUGGACGCCUGUGAAAUUGCCAAUUUCCUCGCUAAUGAGCUAUUUAUGCAACAGCUCGUCUCUAUGGAAUGCAUGCAAACAGGUGUACCCACAUUGACCACACCCACCCUGACGCCAACGACACUGCGUAGCAUAGAGGAGACCUUUACACAAUUGACAAGUGAGCCAAUGAAUGCACCAUAUCAGGCUGGAUUUAUACCACCACCAUUGGGUUCAUAUAAUCCAACAACGAAUAGCAAUAACAACACUAAUAAUACAACUAAUUCCACAACGAUAACAUCCGUCACAGCGCCGUGCAGUGGCCUAACAACGGCCGCCCUCAACAACAUCUAUUUGGGUGAUAUCAGCGGCGGAGCCAGUGUAAACGAUUAUGGAAAUACAAACGAUUCGGGUACCGAAGAAAAUUCUCAGGAAUCAUGGAACAAUUUACAUGAAGACAAUUCGAUGGCCACAACCGAUAAUUCAAGUGCCGCCACCGAUACAAUUUCAUUUCAAAAUGGUUUGGGCAUGUCACAUCUCAACAAUUCCAAUUCCUCAACAACCAAUGACUUUACCAAUUCAAUCAAUUUGGCUGCAUUGGCGGUGGCCAGUGCAGUGGCCAAAAUGCCGAAUUCAGCUAAUCUUAACUCAAAUACCUCAUCAACAAGUGCCACAACAACAACAACAAAAAACACUACCACCACAACGACUCGUCGUGGUGGUGGCCGUCGUCCUACCACAAAUGCCAGCCUAACGCCCGAAGAAGAGGAGAAACGUCGUGUACGCCGUGAACGCAACAAAUUGGCCGCGGCACGUUGCCGCAAACGCCGUGUCGAUCAGACCAAUGAACUGACCGAAGAGGUGGCCGUGCUGGAGAAAAAACGCGAAGAAUUGCAGAAACAAAUUGAAUCGUUGAAUAACACGAAACAAGAAUUGGAGUACAUACUUGAAGCCCAUCGUACAUCAUGCCAAAUAAAUCCCGAUGUAUUAUCGGUAAAUAGCCUGAGUGGUUUGAUACCCGCCACGGAUAAUAGCAAUAUCACUGGCCUUGACACCACAUUGUCGUCGACAGCCCGAAGUAAUUCACCAUUGGACUUGAAACCAGUAUUGAAUGAUCAACUAUUAGCUCAAAUCAAACCUGAACCAUUAGAUUCUACAUUGGAUUCCAAUUCAUCACUAGAUGGCCCUCCCUCGCCCAAGAAAAUGUUGCUGUCCAACAAUAAUCCCAUGAUACCACCGCCCCUACCCAAUGUAGCCACGCUAUCGGCCUCCUUAGCCGCAGCCUCGUCUUCUUUGAACACACCCAUUGUAACAACGCCACCCAUUAGCUUUGGCUCAGUAUUGUCCAGCAAUUCCAAUAUGAUAAAGCCCAAUUCCAAACAACGUCCCAAUUCCUUGCCCACAGUGCCCAGGAACAUGGCCCAGACUUUGGCAUUGAACAUGGCCGAUAAUAAACCUCCUACAGACAUUAAUGGUGUAGCCAUACAGACUCCAUCAACGGGUAUGUUCAAUUUUGAUUCUCUAAUGGAUGGUGGAACUGGUCUAACGCCCGUUUCCGGUCCCUUGGUGCCCACAUGUUCUUCACAAAACAAACAUCCUUUGGAAUUGGUAACGCCCACUAGUGAACCCUCCAAGUUGGUGAGCUUAUAACAUGAACUGGAACUGGAGGAGUAGAGAAAAAUGAUAACAACAAAAAAAGAAACCUGUGACAUCAGAGGAGAGAGAGUGCAAACGAAGCUGGUCUUAAAACAAAUGAAAAAUAAAAAAGCAAAAACAAAAACAAAAAAACUUUUUAAAAGCAAAGCCCCCCCCUUAUAUACUUUAAGCAAACAAAACUUUAAAUUUCUUACAACAAUUAUUGAUUGAAGAAGCAAAACCCAAUUACUUUUUAAAAGUAUAUAUAAUUAUUAAUUUAAAAAAAUGAAAAACAAAAAUAAUUUUUUAUAUGUUUAAACUAAAACAAUUUAUUGUUAAGUCUAAGAAAUUUAAACUAAACCCCACAAGAAAUGUGAACUACUAGAGAACCUAAGUUAUUUCCAAAUUGUUGUCCUUGUAUUUGUUUAAAGAAAACCUCCCAAAACAACACAAAAUGAGGACAGAUUAUAAAAAGAAAAGAAAAAUAAAUUAUUUUCUAAAUGAUUGCAAUCGAAA